AUGAACGGAUGGUCCAACCGAAAUGAUGCCCCAGACGGCAAGGACUCCAAUCACAUGAUCAAUGUAAUUCGAAAGCUAUUCAAACUGAAGAAACCGGUCCUUCUCCUGACCGACUACUUCCAAAUGCUAACUGGGCUUCUGGAGUUGUCGAACAUCUCCAAAGAGCUGGCGUCAAAGCUGAUGUCCCCGAUGAUCACAUCGGACAGAAAGGCCGCCAAAUCGAAUCAGCUGGCAACAAAGCUGAUGUCGACGAUUCCACCUCCUGCCGAGGUACACAAGGAGAAGAAGGAGGAGGAGGAACCAGGAGAGAAAGCGCCAGCGGCUUCCAAGCCCCAUCAAACACCUGGUCGGUCAACUCGCAGCGGCGCGCAAAAAAGACGUGGUGCCCCAACUAAUCCCCCGCCCUCUUCUCCCACGUUUGCCGCCGACUCCCUAAACCUUUCCACGAGGGAAUCCAGUGCUAAAAAGGCACGAACUUCAGCCUCUAGGCGACUAAGCCGGAAAAGAAUGCGAACGGUUCCGUCACAAGUGAACCCGCAACUAGAAUCUUCGAUUUAUCUUCAGAGGGGAGUUGUUAGGAUGGCCUAA